GACAGAACAGAAGAGAGCUGUCAAGCUGCGAGGAGGCAGCGGAGAGACGACUUAGUUUUGUCUUGGAAUACAUUUCCCCUCCAUCUCUGAAGCUCACACACACACACUCAAAGAAUAUAAGCACACAAACACACAGAUGGUGAAGUGUGAGUGCUGCUGUUGAAUCAUUUUUAGGAUCUGGACUUACUCAAGCGCGUUUGGAUUCAGCAUCUUUGGACCUUUUUCUUACAGUGCAACACUUUGGAUAAAGAGUGUGUUGAAUGCAACAGUGAGAUUUUGACUGACACUUUCAGCACUUGGACUCAGUGUGCGUUUGUUUGUGUGUGUGAGGAGGAGGAUGUAUCGGUUGGUGACAGCGGUGCUGCUCGCCCACCUCGGGGCUUCCUUUACGGGUGCAUGGAGGGCAUCUCAACCAAGACUGCAGUUCACCCACUCCGAGCUGAUCCAGAAUGGCCGCCUGCUGACGCUGCCCCUGGUGGCCGGAGACAUGCAGUAUCUGCUGCCUGACGAAGACAGGAAGCGCCUCUACGUGGCCAUGAAAGAUAACCUGCUGUCUACCAGUCUGGAUGACAUAACGCAGAACCCACGCAAGCUGUACUGGCCAGCCAGUCCAGACCGAGUCCAAGAAUGUCUGAUGGCUGGGAAGGAUCCAGAGUUGGAGUGUGCUAACUUCCUGAGAGUUCUGCAGCCUUUUAAUCAGACCCACCUCUACGUGUGUGGCACUGGAGCCUUCAACCCCCGAUGUGCUUUCAUAGCUACAAGCAUCUUCCAACAGGCGGAGCACCAGACUCUCUCCUACAGCCAGACAGAGUGUGGGAAAGGGAAAUGCCCCUAUGAUCCGUUCCAGAAAACAGCCUCUGCUGUCGUGGACGGAGAGCUGUAUGCUGGGAUCACCUCGGACUUCAUGAGCCGGGACUCCGCCUUCUUCCGUAGUCUCGGCAACCGUCACGUCAUCCGCACCGAGCAGUAUGACUCCACCUGGCUGCAGGAUGCCCAGUUUGUGCGGGUAGCGCCGUUGUCUGAAACUGAUAACCCAGAAGAUGAUAAGGUCUACGUGUUCUUCACCGAGCGCGCUCAGGAGGCAGAAGGGGCUGCUGGGAAGGUGCUCUACUCCAGAGUGGCACGUGUGUGCAAGAAUGACAUCGGAGGCCAGAGGAGUUUGGUCAACAAGUGGAGUACCUUCCAGAAGGCCCGCAUGGUGUGUUCGGUCCCGGGACCAGACGGCCUGCAGACACACUUCGACCAGCUGCAAGACAUCUUCAUCCUCCAGGCCAAAGACAAGAAGAACCCGCUCAUCUAUGGCCUGUUCACCACUUCCAGUGAUAUCCUGAAUGGUUCAGCAGUGUGCGUCUACCGGAUGGAGGAUGUUGUUCGGGCUUUCAAAGGAAACUUCCUUCAUAAGGAGGGGCCUCAGUAUAAGUGGGCAGAGUUCACAGGCAAGGUGCCUUACCCGCGACCAGGAACUUGUCCCAGCAGCACUUAUGGAAGUUACAGCUCCACCAGAGAAUAUCCUGACGACGUCAUCUUCUUCAGCAGGACUCACCCCCUGCUGCAGGAAAAUGUGCUGCCUCUGGGAGAGCGCCCCCUCCUGGUCAGAGUGGGUGUUCACUACAAAUUCAGCAAACUGCUGGUGGACAGAGUGGAGGCCGUGGACGGCACCUACGACGUCCUGUUCAUCGGCACGGACUCGGGCCUCGUGCUGAAGGCCAUCCAUCUCCCCAGAGAACAAGGUCAGGGUCAGGAGGUCACUCUGGAGCAGAUGCAGGUCUUCCAGCACAAAUCACCCGUGACAGCCAUGACACUCUCAAAGAAAAAGUGGUUGUUUGUGGGCUCCAGGGAGGGUGUUUCCCAGCUGGCCCUGUACCAGUGUGAGCUGUACGGUCAGGCCUGUGCUGAGUGCUGCCUCGCCAGAGACCCAUACUGCACCUGGGACGGACACGCCUGCAGCCCCUACAUGCCCACCGUGCGCAGAAGGAAUGCUCGUCACUUAGGGGAGGAAGAGGAUCCCCUCACGCAGUGUGUCAGACAGGGAGCCGGGCUGCAGGUGGAGGCGGAGCAGAGGAUAAUGAUGGUUGCUGAGGGCAACAGCACUUAUCUGGAGUGUCUCCCCCGAUCCAGACACGCUGCUGUUACCUGGUACAAACAGGCAGGGGAGAACAGCCCCGAACUUAACCAGGUGGUAACAGGUGACCAGCUGGUGGUAAUUGAACGGGGCGUCCUGAUUCGUCGAGCUGAGCUGACUCACGGCGGCGUCUACCACUGCCAGGUGGAGGAGCACGGCUACCACUGGACCGCCGUCACCGUGCGCCUCGCCGUCUGGAGCCCCUCGGCUAAUCGCGUCCUCGCUUCCUGGUCCGCCUCGUCCUAUCAGAGCACGGGGAGCCAGCACUGGUACGAAGACGUGAUGGCGCUGGUUCACCCCGGAAACAUCGGCCAGCACUGCAAGGCGCUAGGAUACCGCCCCCCACGCAACCACCGUCACUACACUGAAAUCAAGGUGGAGCAGAAGAAGGAGAAAGAGAAGGGGGAGAGGCACAAGCACGGGGGAGGAAGAGGAGGUGGAGGGGGAGGAAGAGCAGCGGGGAGGAAGAGCAGGAGCAAGCCGCAGCAGAGGGCACCGAGGAGCGCUUGAAUGUGUAGCGGAACAGGAGGGCGGAUUUAAGUGACUUAAAAAAACACACACAUAAACGUCCACACACGUACACACACUUAACUUAUACACUGAGACACACACACUGUACAUACAGAGACUAUGACAUGCGCAUGCACUUAUCUACAAACAAAAAAGGCAUCCUUUCAUUAUAGUGACAAACUGUCUGACUGAAGUAUGUACAGGAGGGGGAGAACAACAGAGACACUUGGACAAAGGACUUGUGAAUAAAAAGGAAAAAGUAGAAACCCUUAGGCUGCGUAGCGUGUAGAAUGAAGGAUGAGCGACAUGUCUCAGUUUACCUGUCGUGACAAGGACAUGGGAUUUUGGAUUUGGAGCCUCUACAGAGAAAAAAAAAUCCAAACGUAGAUAUUCCACAUUUGAAAAAACAUCCAACCCUUCUGAAAUGAUUGCUGCCUUAAAGCACCAUACCGGUGGCUCUGCAUGUUUGAUUAUAAGUCAUAUAGACUCUGCCAAUUAUCCUCCAUAGCAGAUAACAGAUGUCUUUUAAGAUUGAUUUCGUACCUUCCCGGCAGACACUGGUUUCCAUUCAAUUUGAGCGACUUUGAAAACCAUCGCACAGGAACAUGCAAAAUUCUUUAGAAAGUUGCAAUCAGCAUUUUACAAACUUUGCUAUGUGUGGCGUUCACGUUUCAAGGACACUCCAUCCUUGGUGUUCUCAAAACAUUUUGAUUGUCUAGCUUUGUUGUUGGAAAGUGAAAACAUGGGGACAAAAAGUAAUCUAUUGUUCACUGUCAAAAUAAGUUUAAAGGUAUUUUUGGGGAAAUAAUCAGCAGUGAUAUUUUGUUUAAAGGCCUUUAAGAAGGUAAAUAGCACUGAUUAUGCAUUUCUUUACCCAAAAUGAUACAGUAUACUGUAUACCAACAAUUCACCUACAGUACAGAGAGAGUUGUUUCUUCAGAUAGGUGGGGUCUGACACAAGAUGACGGAGUGUGACCACAAAGAUGAGGGCAGAGAGAAGCAGGGCGACAGCUUUGAUGAGGUUACACAUCUUCUUUUACACACUCGCGACAGGAGAUGUUUCCAUUCCGUUCUCCUGAAAGCUUCACAAAUGUUGGCUGGUAGUGUUCAUUUAUGGCACGGCCACGCAGCUGAAUAAAGGUGUGGGAAAAAGUGAACAGAAAAUAAGGACCUAGUAGAUCUGGUGUGUUUUAUAACAUCAGAGAAAAUCCUAUUCUGGGUGUUGGUUUAGUUUCCCUGCUCUCCCACAUGAGUACAGUGUACAGAUUUAGAAAACAUGUUUAUUGUAGGACAAAAGUAACAUCUGCACACCAAUGUACACAUUUUAAUAUUUGCUAUUUAAGUUUCUUGAAAUCUGGCUUUUAGAUUAACAUAACAAGGGUUAUUUGGCAAAAGGCAUGGAUAUUUUAAUUGGUAGUAUUUUAAAUGAUAUUUCUAACACUUGAAAACCUCUAGAGGCUCUGUAUCUAUUUAAAAAGAAUCUGUUUUUGCUGAACUUUGAACAUGUCUGAGUAAAAUAUUGAGAUGCUUUUAAAAAGAUGUUUCCAUUGAGGAUUGAGGUGUGAACUGAAAUGCCAAUAGACUUUGUACAGAAAAUGCAUGUUUUACAACCCAUGGCUUUGGACCUAAGAUGGGCCGUUGGUGACUUUGUGUGGGUUCCAGCCAAAUUAAAAAAGUGGAGUAAUAUACCGCUGGUCCUGUAGCUGCAGCUGGUAAUGACAUUUGGUUGUAAAUUAUGAAGCAGGCCCGAUGUUUAAUAAAGACGCCUUUAUUAUACAAAGUGGAACCUGAGAAAGUGCUGAACAGGACUGGCGUCAAGUGGACUCUGACGUGAGGGAUUUAGACGACUACAGUGACUUUCCAAGGCAGUAAAUUGUGAUUUUCUCUAAAUGUUUAAAUGUUAAACCAACACAAAGCGUUCCACCUCUAUUUAACUUUCUUCUUAUUGGUAUUUAUUUGUUUAGUCUGGAAUUAAACAGCUUGUUUCAGAAGUUGUGAGGUCAGAUAUGUUGUGGUCAUUUUUUGCCAAUUCAGCCAUGAUGUCUCACAAACAGGCUGCUAAUUUAACAUUUGUGUUGGUUUGUCUUUGUAUGUAUGUACUGUUUGUUUGUAUGCCCACACAUUGAAGUCUGCACAGUAUUCUUUUGUUUUGUAAAAUCUCCAAAUGUUACCAUCUGUUUCUCUUGACGCACCUUCCCGAUCCCACCUGUGGAAAUUCAGAUCGUGCCUGCCUGCAACCACGGUUAUUUUAUGUUUUUUAACCGUCCCAUAAGGCAAGCAUUUAAAAAGCAGCAGGAACUACAAUUCUCUUUCCAAAUGUGAUGCUUUGUCUUCCUGUUUCUCUGACAGUUCCUCAGAACAACGAAUAGAAACCAAAUGCUGAAACUUCAGAACUCAGAUUUUGAAUAAACAGUAAGAAUAGAGGGACAUGGAGAAAGCAAGACAACUAAUUUAAUUAAAACUUACUUCACUGGAAGACUA